AGGUCGGAAUAUUUUAUUUUCGUACUUUUAUGUUUUUUGAACGACACGUCUCUCUAUUUACGAGGCGCAUUUUAGCAACUUCUUCCCUUAACGUACACGGGAGUACAAAAUCGCAUCUCCAAGCACAUCGAAUCGAAGCUAAGAACUGAUCUACUUGUAGCAGAGGCCGUUCUUCCAUCGAUUCAUUUUUGCGCGCAUUUAAUCGAUGGCGAACACACUACGAUUGUAUUUGACUUGCAUAAGAAACACUCUUGAGGCUGCCAUGUGUUUGCAGAACUUCCCGUGUCAAGAAGUUGAAAGGCAUAACAAACCAGAGGUUGAACUGAAGUAUGUUAACGCAUUGUGGACCAGUGCAGAACUGCUGCUAAACCCUGUUCUGAUAUGUCGAAAUGAGGCUGAAAAAUGUUUAAUCGAAACUUCUAUUAAUUCAGUGCGCAUAAGUCUCAAGGUAAAGCAAGCAGAUGAACUAGAAAACAUACUAACUAAAAAAUUUCUUAGAUUUUUGUCGAUGAGGGCAGAAGCAUUUCAGGUGUUGAGGAGAAAGCCAGUGCAGGGAUAUGACAUUAGCUUUCUUAUUACAAACUAUCACUGUGAGGAUAUGCAAAAGCACAAGUUGAUUGAUUUUAUUGUGCAAUUCAUGGAGGAUAUGGAUAAAGAGAUAAGCGAAUUGAAGUUGUCUGUGAACACACGAGGAAGGCUUGUGGCUACAGAGUUCCUAAAGCAAUUCGUCUGAUACUUGCAAAAGGUACCACACAUUUGUAUGAAUCUGGUUUUUGUGGAUCUUAUCAAACCAUUUUCUUCAAGAGUGUCUGUGACACAGCAAGAAGUUAUAUUUUGGUUGCUUCAUGCUUUAUGUUUGUUAGGAUUCUGUUCCCUAGUGGUUCACCUUUUUGUUUGCCCAGUGAACCAAUAAUCUAUCAAGACAAAUAUUCUGUAUUUUUUUGUUUUUUUGGUUGUAAAUUUUAAACUCAUUUACUGUGUUCUUAUUCUUGUAACCAGUGUAACAAUUGACUGAUAUGAAGAAAAUACGUUUUACUGAA